UUCUCCCGAACAAGUUCCACGCUAGUUUCUAUCGGGUCCCGCGGGUCCAGAGGGUCGAAGCCGGGGGGUGAGGUCAUGGCGCCGCUCGCACCAUGGCGAAAGUGAGAUCCUAGGUGUCCCUGCCGAGGCUUCGUGGUGCGGCGCUUGGCCAUGGCUGCGGCCGCCGGGAUCCUCGCCUUCCUCCUCAGCCUCGGCGCCAGCCAGUCCUACCUCGCCGUGCCUCUCAGACUCUACCCCGGCAGGUGGAACGUCUCGCGGGCGGCGGGCGCGGCUCCGCUCCGCCUGCUGGCUGUGGGAGACGGUCUGUCUCUGGCCUCUGACCCCAGCGGGAAGGUCAACUUCCUGGACAUGGUCAACAACCUGCAGGGAGACGCCGGGCGAGGAUACUACAUGGAGAUGGUGCUGGGGACCCCGGGGCAGAAGCUGAACAUCCUGGUGGAUACAGGCAGCAGCAACUUCGCCGUGGCUGCGUCUCCACACCCGUUUAUCACUCACUUCUUCAACACGGCACUCUCCAGCACGUGGCAGGCCUCCGACCAGACGGUGGCAGUCAGGUACACUCAGGGAAACUGGGAAGGCGAACUGGGUCUGGACUUGGUUUCCAUCCCUCAAGGACCGAACGGGAGCAUCUCCAUCAAUAUCGCCGCCAUCAUGCUCUCGGACGGCUUCUUCCUCCCGGGGAUCAACUGGCAGGGCAUCCUGGGACUGGCCUACCCCCUGCUGGCACGGCCGGACUCAUCCGUGGAGCCAUUCUUCAACUCGGUGGUGCAACAGCUUGGAAUUCCAAACAUCUUCUCCCUCCAGAUGUGUGGCGCUGGACUGUCGGCCAGCAGCUCAGCAGAUCCUGCUGGUGGAAGUCUGAUCAUGGGUGGGGUUGAGCCGAGCCUGUUCCGGGGGCAGAUGUGGUACACCCCCAUCGUGGAGGAGUGGUACUACCAGGUGGAGGUCCUGAAGCUGGAGGUGGGCGAGCAGAACCUCAACCUGGACUGCAGAGAGUACAACACGGAUAAAGCCAUCGUCGACAGCGGGACGACUCUGCUGCGGCUUCCUGUCAACGUCUUCAACGCCGUGGUGGAAGCCAUCACUCGCAGCUCGCUGAUCCAGGAGUUUUCCUCAGGCUUCUGGGACGGCACCAAACUGGCCUGCUGGGUGAAGGGAGAGACCCCCUGGAGGUUCUUCCCCAAGCUCUCCAUCUUCCUGAGGGCCACCAACGCCAGCCAGUCCUUCCGCAUCACCAUCCUGCCCCAGCUCUACGUCCAGCCCGUGACGGAUGUGGACGGAACCCUGGACUGCUACCGUUUUGGCGUCUCCUCUUCUGCCAACGGCCUGGUGAUUGGCGCCACUGUGAUGGAGGGAUUUUACGUGGCGUUUGACCGAGCUCAGCGACGGGUGGGCUUCGCUCUCAGCAGCUGCGCAGUGAGCGGUGGGGUGGCCUUGUCCGAGAUCGCCGGACCCUUCUCGGCGGCAGACGUGGCGAGCGACUGCUCCGCCGGGCUGCUGCGGGAGAGCCUGAUGUGGGUCGUCUCCUACGCUCUCAUCGCCGUCUGCGGCCUCAUCCUCAUCCUGCUGCUGCUGCUGCUGGUGGUGCCGUGCCGGCGCCGACGCCACUCCGGCGAGAUCACCGACGAGUCCUCGCUGGUGCGCAACCGCAUCAAGUGACUGAGAGGAGACGGGGUGGAGGGGCAGGACAGCAGCCAGCUGAGUUCAGCCCCGGGCAGAGGCGCGGCGCGGCGCCUCAGCCAGGCCGGGACGCUGCACUCCCCUGCGUGGCCUGUAGAGGCCGACACUGACAAGUCCAGCUCCUCUUAAGGGUCGCCCACCUCUGCACGCAGCUCCAGAGACAGCAGUGAGACGGCACCACCAUCAGUAUUGUUUACUCCGCAUCGUGACCAAGCACACUUUGACAGGACUCUGACACAAACAAGUUGAAGCACAGCAGUGAUUUCCUGACAAUCAUGGGACAAAGCUGACGGGACGUUCUUCACAUCUGAGGAUGACAGUGUUUUGGAUUCAAACGGGAGCUGUGGAUUGGAUGACUGAAAUGGACAGCGACGGACCAAUCAGAGUCCGUAGCCAGGAGUGCACACUGUCACCACCAGGGGUGGAGUGAGUGCUGCCGAGCUGCACUUUGUUGCUAAAAUCGAUCAAAGCGGUUGCAAAGUUUCAGAACAGUAAGAUCAUUUUGUGUGUGUCAUUAUUGUGCGUUUGAUUGUAUUUAAAUCAUAAAUAGUUUCCAAACCUUUUUUAGACAAUGUUUGCUGGAAUAAAUAUUCACACUUAUCCUGAAGCCAGAGCAUUUUGGACCAGCAGCCGACCGUCACAGCCACAUUUUAUGACCCUCACCUUAAACCUUCAUAGCCGUCUGCAGCAAUUCUGUGUUUGGAAUGUUCAUUUGAUUAUUUAAUAUUUCUCUGUGUUUUCCUCUAUGUGCUGUUCAUAAAAUAAAGCUGCAUUUAA